AUGAGGUCAAAGUACAGCAUGAGGAUCAUCCGCGACUGGUGCGGGGUCGUCAGCCCGCCAGUCUUGGGCCUCGGCGAUUCCACGGAGUCUUCGAGAAACUCCAGCGCCACCGGAGAAAGCUUGGAACUCGCAUCAGCAUUGCUGACACGACCCUGCUCGCGCGCCUGUUCAAGCGCUUCCAACGUCGCGAGCCUCUCUGCGAGUGCCGCCUCCAUUGCGUUGAGCUCCUAUUUCCGGGCCGCGAGAGUUGCCUCGGCCUCGGCGCAGGCCGCCUCUCUCUUCUCGACCAAUUCCAGCCUGCGGACGGCCAUUGCACUUCUCGCCACGGCGGCGUUGGCCCCCUUGACCGUUUUGGGCGGACGGCCAAUAGGGCCGCCAGUUGCUACGCGCCUUCCACGCUUAGUCUUGGCGGCGUGUCCUUCCUCGUAAAGGGCGAGUAGAGUGCUAUCUGCUCUGUACCAAACGAGGCGACGAGGCGCAGCAGGCGCGCAAAUUUCCAAAAUAUGACGGUGAUUGGUCAAUCGGUUCCAAAAGGUUCUAGUCUAGACUAGUCUAAAUGUGGAACCUACAAUCACCUUCCGGAACCUCUUCCACGCAUAGACUAUUCGUAAUUCGUGCGGUGUACACAUCUCCCUUCUUCCCCUCGCUCCUCGACCAGCUUUUGCUUAGACAUGGGUUGUAGUGAAGGGAGGGGUCUUUCUGGCGAUCAGGGCUAGACUCACCCUCAAGGGAUGACCGAAACCUUCGUGCUGCUGCGCAUCCGCCGCGAGGCGUGCGUGUGGUGGUGGAGUUGGGUCGGCACUGAUGGGGUCAGGCGGGAAAAUGUAGAUGCGCGGGCCUUUCUGGCCGUCGGCAUAGGCAAUAAUGCCCAUCUCAUUUUUGUGCGCGGAGGCAGACACCAUCAGAAAGGUGGACGGGCACUACACGGCCCUAGGUUUGCGAGAGAGAGCUGUAUUGCCUCAGUAACCUGGCUUCGCCAUCAAAGGAGGAGGGAGCAGGUGGCGACGAGCUGAACUGGGCUGGUUGACCAUUCGGCGCGAGAAUUUUUUUUUUUUUCAGACCAAGAACCUUGAGUGCAAUGAGGGAGAAAGCGAGGAACGGACUGGGAAGGACAG